CGCGAUCUCAUUCUUUUUCUCCCUGGAAUACGCAUCACGAAGGCCGUCGAGGGACAUAUGAGGACCGACGAUCGGUGGCCGACAUCCGUUUUCCACGAGUGCCGCCAAUGUGAUGGAUUAAAGCGUGUCGGGCGCGAUGUCGUUGAUGGAAAUGUGGUAGGCAAUACACAGACUGAUGGGGGACGACUUGGGGUCGCAAGAGUCGUGAGAGAAGGAGGGCCGCUCGCGCCCUGGUCACCGCCCGCCCGUGAUAAGCUCCUGCCUAGCCGCAACCGGUUAGCGGGGCGGCAGAAUUUCCUCAAAAUUUCGUGUUGCUGCUGCGAUUCCUCACCACAACAGUCGCAUCCAGGCGCGAUUAUGGCAAAACGGAAGAGCGAAUUCACCGACGAGGUGGGGCCUGCGAAGGCGCUGAAGAGCCGGAAGGAAGAUGCUGUGUCCACGUCAAAGCAGCCCAUACGGAAAGAGUCUCCGGCGAGGAAGAGCAAGGAAGGCGCUGCAAACGGACAGGCAGUGACAGAAGCAGAGAGCAAGGCACCCGUUACCUCGACAGCAAGGGAAGGAGAUUCAGAGACCACCACGUUCCAGAUCAUCACGGGUUCCUACGAGAGGGUUCUGCACGGCUUCACCGCAACGAUUCCCCAGACCCUCGUGACUGGUCACGACGACAUCCCAGCGGACGACCCUCCCACUAUCAACUUCUCUGACACCUUCCUCUUCAAUGCCCACUCCUCCGCAAUCCGCUGCCUCGCCCUUUCCCCACCAUCGGACGAAUCCUCCAAAGUCAUUCUCGCAACCGGCAGCACCGACGAGCGCAUCAACCUCUACUCUCUCUCCACCUCCCCAUCCGCACCCUCAAAGUCAAAAUCAAACCCUCAACUCCCCACCCUCAAUGGCACCUCCAUCACCGAGAACUCCAAGAACAAGGAGCUCGGCUCUUUGCUUCACCACUCAUCCAGCAUCACGGCGCUGUGCUUCCCCACGCGGAGUAAGCUCCUAAGUUCAGCAGAGGACAGCACGAUAGCUAUUACGCGGACCCGCGACUGGACGCCCCUCUCCACGAUCAAAGCGCCGAUCCCCAAGCCGCAAGGCCGACCCAGCGGCGACACCGCAGCACCCGGCGAAGUCCCCGCAGGCGUCAACGACUUCGCCGUCCAUCCCAGCAUGAAGCUCAUGGUCAGCGUGGGCAAGGGAGAAAAAUGCAUGCGUCUCUGGAACCUCGUCAUUGGGAAGAAAGCAGGCGUGCUCAACUUCGGGCGAGAGAUACUGGCGUCAGUCGGAGAAGGCCGGUUCGGCAGCGGAGAGGGCCGAAGAGUCGUCUGGGAUAGGGAGGGCGAGGAGUUCGCCGUUGCGUUUGAGCGGGGCGUGGUGAUUUUUGGAAUCGAUUGCAAACCCAAGGCGACGAUCCUGCCGACGCCGAGGACGAAGGUGCAUCAGAUGCACUACCUACCAGGAGACUCCCGGAACACGCUGUUAGUCUCGACAGAGGACGGCCGCAUCAUGCUUUACGACACUAGCUCGAUCACGUCUCCUCCUGAUACCGACAAAGCAGAUGACAUUCCCUCAAGCACCCUGGUAGCCCAGAUAGGCGGCCCCGGAGCCGGUAUCACAGGCCGGGUAAAGGACUUUGAGAUCCUGCCACUACCCAACACCGAAUCUACUGCCUUUAUCAUCAUCACGGGGAGCAGUGACGGCACUGUGCGUAUCUGGAGCCUAAACGCGCAGGAUCUCAAGGAUGGCGCGGACUCAGAGAAGGGAACGGGAUUCACGGCGAAGGAGGUAGGCAGGUUGCUUGGGACAUACUCAACAGGGACGCGCAUCACCUGUCUGAAGUCAUUCAUCAUGACGGGUAAACCCGAAGAAGUCGACGAGGAAGAGCAGCAGGCGGAGGAGAGCGAGGAAUCGGGAAGUGAGGAUGAUAGCGAGUCGAUGCCCUAAUAGAUAUACCACAUGCAUAGGAUCUCCACAC